GUCAACGUUGUGGUUCCGUACGGAAAAUAUUUAGUGCGGACACAGUUUCCUGGCAACCUUCAUCCUGGAAGAAGAGCUGCAGCGGGUGGAGGGAUGAGCCACUCUCCUGUGAUCGGUCAAGAUGUGCAGGCAGCAAGCAACGGAGUGGACACCUCUGAACCUUCGAAGGGCCCUGAUUGGUCAGGACCUCAUGGCUUCACUCACCAGGGGUUAAAGUUCAGUGAUGAGGCUGAUUUUAUAGGGCAUGAUACUCACAAGGGGACACUCGUAUUGUCAGAGACUCUCAAACAAAUACCUUGCCACAUGGACUCGGUAUGCAAAGAAACGCACACAGUUCACUCAGAGACGGCACCCAUAGAUGAGUCUCCAAACAUGACAUGCACACAAUCCUCUGAGACAGAGCUAACGCAAGCCCGCUCUAAAAGAGAACUGGAAGAAUGGAGAGGAGGGGAGGAGGAGACAAAAAAUGGUAAUGGAGAGGUUAACAUCAACAAGAGAGAGAUAAAGCAAAGGAAAGAGACUUGUAUCUCUGUGCAGCAGGUUGAAGCACUCUCAACAGAACACCCUUCUACUUGUUCUGAAACCAAUGAACGGUCAAAUCCUGAUUCAUCCUCUUUCCAGGAUAAAGUCCAACCAACUACUUCUGUUUCCCCUGAUGAGGCCCCUCCCCUUGUUCCAGCCCCUCCCCCUGAUCAGACCACACACCCUCUAUUACAAAACAUUGAUGAUUCACCGUGCCCAGCUCAUGUAAUGGCAGAAGUGCGUGUGCGGUCUGUGCCAGAGCGGGAUCGUGUUGUGCGUGGCAUGCAGGACAGUAAGAGCCUGGAUGAGAUCAGUGGGGCUUGUGGAGGUGGGGCAAGAGGAGGCGGGACUAGAGGUGGUCAGGCGGAGGGACGCAGAGCAACCAUAUCUAGUGCCCUGGAACUGGAAGGAACUGUCAGUCAUGAUGGAGAUCUUACACACUUCAUUGCCACAAACCUUGAACAGAAGAUUAAAAUGAGUUCGCGUCUGAGUCUGGACACGGAUUCGGACUGUUCGGGGCCGAUUGUACGUGGACGUGGCUCUUCGCGUCGGCCGGCUGAUAUUCCGCCCAUUGACCCGUCAGUACUAGUGGACCUGCAUAAUCAUACACAAGAUGUGGCCCAGAGUGUAGAACUGAUGCUGCGAAGCCUCAACGGAACCAUACAGAAUAUGACUGCACUAAGUGUGGGUUAUAUCCAGACGUAUAGAGACUCAGUGGACAGUUUGGGAGAGUCUGUGGACAUGAGUAUAAAGGGAAUGUACACACUCAUGGCUCGGUGUGAGGAGCUGGAUCGCUCCAUGCAACCUAUUCAUACUCUAGCUGCUCAGAUCAGGGACAUCAAACGAACCCUCGAUGCCCUUGAAACCAUCUGCAAGUAACUUGCUGCAGACCGCACCCAUAGCCAAGAGAAAACUCCACCCCUUUGGAGAGAAGCUGUGGCUCCGCCCUCCGCAGUCAUUCUGCUAAAUAACGUGCAAUGGAAUGAUUUUGCUAAUUCUAAUGUGUCCUAGCAAUGCUCUGCAAGUGAUCGUCUCCUUUGAGACAGACAGCUUUCUUCUUCACCCUUUUCAUUGGAGAUCACAUCUGUAAGCACCUCCUUCUGUUGUGGCUCCUCCCCUCUAGAGCCUUUGCCUGGGAAAACAGCGUUAAGUCCUUCCUGUUACUUACACCGUCCAACACCCUCCGUGUCACCACAGAACAGACUGUCAUUGGGCAGCAAUAAUCAGAUUGGUGUUAUUAUUGCCCUGUUUGUGGAGUGCGUGUGUCUAGCUGGGUGUUUUGACAGAUUGUGUCAGUUUCCCCUGUAAAGACCUCAAAAAUAACACAGAGUAGAAGUGUGUGUAAGACCAGUUUUUGCCAGGAUGAAAACGGGAAGCCAUGCUCUGUGGACACCUGUUCCUCAUGGAUGUCUGUGUUUCUGCAGGACGGAUGCCAUGCAUCCCAGAUUUCAUAGCGACCAUUAUUAAGUUCCAACUUGUUGUAUAGGCUCGCCUAGGAAUUGUAGGCCCUUGACUGAUGUGCGGAGAGUUUUGACAAAUGUCAUAAGAUGCAUUAAAUGUUUUGUCAUAUGGAAGUGUUUGUCAUAAAACAUCUCUCAAUUAAUAGACGAAGGAGAUGGGAGAAUAAAAAACGGGAUUUCUUUUCUGAAUGGUGAAACUAUUUGAACUUUACCUGCUUGAACUGUCCUGUCUUGCUAAAAACUAAAACUCUGAUAUGUCGAACAAUCUGUGAUUGAUGUUUAUUUUAAAUUAUAUCAACUAAAAUAAAUUUGCUAGAAUGAUGUAUGCGAA